GAAAGCAAUUUAGAAGAAAACCCGUUCUAGAGACUUCUUCUUUUGACCGCUUUGUAUCGCUUCUAAGGUCCUCCCUGGUUCUUCUUCACACUUCAACACUUCACCACAUACUCCAAGUUACAUCAAUGCGUACACUUACAUACUUAUUCUGUUCACUUUGCCUCCACGGACUUUCCUUUCCUAAUUUCUUUUCCUUCGAUUUCUUAACUUUGGCCUACUUUAGUCGUCUUGCACUCCCCUUUUCGGUCCUUCUGCUCGUUUUCCACCAUUAUACUUCUCCUUUUACUCCUCUUUUAAUUAAUGCUGAGGUCUUUAUUGCCCUAUUUUCCCCAGGAGGAGGAGGCGCCGUUGCAGACACAGCCGCUCCACCAUCUGAUCCGAUCGGCCGCGGGGAGGAGAACACCAAGGCUGAAUAUCGACUUCCGGCGCCUAUAGAUUACCUCAUAAAUUGCCCUUCGGCUCCUUUCCCCACAAUGCUGCGUUCACUGUAUGCCUACAAGGGGACUCAUGCCCGGACGCUGGGCUUCCAGGCGGGUGAACGCUUCUUGGAGGUGGGCACGUCACGGGACCCCAACUGGAUGCAUGUCAUCAGUGAGCGUGGUGCCCUUGGCUAUGUUCCUAAAAACUAUGUAGCCAAUGAGGAGACAGAGGCUGUUGCCAUGCUGGAGUUCAUUGAUGGAUGCCUGGAGGCCACCCACCUCAAUGCUAGUGAGCGGGGUGGGCACUACAGCAGGGGAGAGCAGGAGGCACUGCAGCGAUUGGUAGAACUGCGGCAGAAAUGGCAUGCCCGCUGUCCCCCCGCCACUGCCCCUGUCAAGCGCCCAGCACCACCGCCCCCUCAGCGCUCAGCUUCCCAGCUCAGCACUGACAGCCUUACCAGCCUUGGGGGUGGCCUCCCGUCUCCAAAUCUCCCCAGCACCCCCCGCCUUCCAUCCCUCCCGCCCAGUGUGUCCUCAGCUAGUCUGGCGAGUGAGGAUCAGCAGCAGCAGAAACAGCAGCAACAGCCGGCCAGUGUUGUUGAAACCACAACCAGCUUCAUGGCACGUGGUGACUCUCUUGUUCAAGAGGAGAGCAGCGGCAGCAGUGAGGGCCAUGACACCAGCAUCGGCUAUGAGUCAGAGAUGAGAAGCGAUGUGGAGUCCGGGGUCCACGCCAGCAUCAAGUCACUGGUGUCACAGGUUCCUGAAGGCUACUUGCGCAGUCUGGUGGAGGAAGUGAGAAGCACGGCCUCGGUCAGCUUCACAGCCAGCCACCAGGUUGUGGAGGUCGUGCUGAAGAGUCUUGGGUCUGUGGUGCCAGCCCUCCACCCUCUCUGCCAGCACAUCCUCUCAGGCAAAGAAAGCAACAAGGAUGCUGGGGAGAAUUCUUGGCAGCACAGCGUGGAUGGAUGCCGUCUUGUGGAGCUGCUGGAGGAGCUGCGUGCCUGCAAGGAUGACGAGCAGCAGCGGUCGUGGGCGCUGCACGAGGACGAACACACCAUAGCUGCACAUCUCACCGACCUGCUGGAGCUGCUGAACACUGGUGACCUGGAGGCAUGUCGCCGGGUGUUGGCUCUGGAUGAUUUCCGGCCACUGUUGACGCUGGUCCAAUAUUACCAGAUGGAGACCCGCUGGCCCCUCAGGAGGAUACUGCUGCAGGUGUUUGGGGCUGUGUGCCAAAUGUCAGCUGCCAACAUUUCCUACUUGUCUGCCUCUGUGUUUCCUGUAGAACUGGCAAGAGAGAUGCUGGAGAGCACGUGCAGUGAGGAGCAGCUGCAGUACAUCUCCCUGGUGCUGGGCAUGGUGCUGUGCAUGGGAGACACACUGCCCUACCCCCACUUCAGUGUGAUGGAUGAGUCUUUCUUGGCAUUGCUGCUGGAGGGAAUAGAACACUACAAUGAACAACCAGACACAGAGCAGCUGGCAGAGCUCUACCUCACUCUGGUACUGGCCUUCAACCUCCAGUACACCACCCUUUCCUCCUCCUCACUCUCUUCAGAGACCCUUCCUAAUGGAGUGGGAGUUGAGGGGGAAGAAACAGGAACAGAUAUCGUCACUACAGGGGAAAGAAAACUUUCCCACGGAGCCGACAUGAAGAAUGUAAUAAUAAGUAUUCUGGCACAGCAGAAAGAGACAAAGUAUUUCACAGAGAAGCUUCUCCUCUUGUUCAAUAGAGAAGAGGACCCUUUGGCCAUGUUUGAGCAUGAGCCGCGACCACCACACUCUGUCCUCAAGAUGAUGCGUGACAUGUACUCCACCCGUGCCACUGCCUCCAUCUUCUACACCAAUGAUGAGCGAGUGGUGUGUGACAUCAUCAUACGGCAGCUGACAGACCUUCCCUCAGAUGACAAGCGGCGAAAUGAGUACCUCCACCUGUUAUGGGGUGUGGUAGAGGCUGGAGGCUGGCAGGAGCACCAACAUCGCCGCUCUGAGGUUUCUACUUGUUGUUCCAACAUACUAGCAGAGGAGGAGCCAGCCGCCCACAAGGACCAGACUCUUGUCCGCAAACUUCUUGAUGCUUUCCCAGAGUUCUUUGCUGAUAGCAACUAGUCCAGUAUGUGUGUGUUUGUGUGCGUAUGUGUGUGUGUACGAAUUUGCCUGUGUGUCUCUGGGGAAGGGAAGGGAAAAGAAGAGUGUCUUUUUUUUCCAAAACAUAUAUAUGUAUUCACUCAAAAACAAUUUGCUCCACAGUUUAUAUUUAAAAGAUAUUGUGCUCUGAUUUUGCUUUGCUGCCAUUGUCUGUUGCUGUCAGACAUUCCUGGCUGGUGUCAGGAAUGACCAAAUACUUGGAGGCCUUGCCAACCUACUCAGGGUGUGGUGUUCAGCUUAUGCUGUGUUAGCAAGGAUGUCAGCCCUGUUCGUGCUUGCUAUUGGCCCAGAAAAAAAAAUGGUAUUGAAAAAAUACUUCAUAGCAACUUGUACCUAUGAGCUAUCAACGAAAUGCAAUGAAUCACUUAUUCACUUAUUCAAGGAACAAAAAUGCAUCAAUGUUAAUAGUACUUAUCUGCUAUAAGUACAUGACCAAAUAAUCUAUACAAGCACACAAAAGUAAAAGUACUGAACACUGUUUAAGCAGAAGAUUUUUCGUCCUGGGAACACCAAUCUUGUCACAAUGAAAAAUAGUAGCAUUUCAGCCUUCAACUUCAUUUAGUAUUGAUAGUGAUUUAGUAUUGUAUCAAGUCAUCUGUCUACAUGAUCUUGAGAAUGAAACUAAUGUUCAAAAUUAAGAGAAACCAUGCUAUGGAGAUGUAAGUAAUGGAACAAAGAUCUUACUAAAUUUCAUUCAGUGCCCAGCAGUAACAAAGUGGAAGAAAAAUUUAAAGGGUGGGUGUAAUGAAUGAUAGGCUGAAUAAAUGGACAACUGAUGGGAUAGAAAUUGAUGGCUGAGGUAAUAAUUAUGCAACAAAACUAAAGUACUCUUGAUAUUGUAGAAGAAAAAUUAUAAGUUAACAAGACACUAACUUCAUAUUAUAAACUACGUAUUAUAAUCUAGAUUAUUUGCCUUAAAAUGAAAAUGCACAUCUGACAAUUAUAUGUUCAGCGUAGAUUUAUGAAUGGUGCAAAGUUAUCCUCGGACACAAACAUGACAAAGCACUUGUUCUAAAGGUUUAUGAUAAACAGUAUGAGUUUUACAGUGAGCCACCCUCAGAGGCCUAGCAGGUGCAAACUCUUUAAAAGUGCAUCUGCAGAUGUCACCUAAGAAAAUGGAAUUUUUUAUAUUGUUCUGUUGUCAUUUUAUGUGAAAUAUGUUAUUUUUUUAGGAUUUUAGAAUACUUUGAUGUUAUGAAGUUAUGCAUUUAAAGAUCUAAACAGUAUUAUUGGUAUGACAUAAACUGAGCAGUAUUUUGUAGUUGCCUUUUACUUAGAGUGAUGAUGACUGCUAACAUGGUUCUUGCAGACAUGUUUACAGUAUUUGUGUCAAGGAGAUGGCAGCAGAAAUUAAAUUGAUUGGAGGGUCUAUAGGCACAGACGUGCUGGGAUGGACCUUUCCACAUGAGACAGUGAACCAGUACUGAAUCAAAAUAAUCUGUGCUUUUGAAGAAAAGGGAUACAGGUGUAUGUAUGUGUAAAGUAGUCUGAGUAUUAUCUUCUGUAACUAUGCAAAAUAUGUGUUCCAUUGUCUUAUUUUUUACUUAAAGCAUGCAAGUGAUUUUUGAAUUUGUGGUGUGUGUGACAUGCAUGGAUGACUAUUAUCCUCAAGGACCACAACAAGCCAGUGCUGAUGUGAGUCAUGUUUUCCUUGUGAUGCAACUGACCUAUAUUAUAAUCCUAUCCUGCCAGUGUUUCCUGCCUGUAUACUGUGUAAGAACCCACAUAUGCACAUUCAUCUCUCACCCUAUAUCUACUCUUAUAUGAAUUUCUCUUUACACUAUCCCAUUUACCUUUUCAUUUUGCUUUAUAUCUAAAAGAACCUUUUCUGGGCUAGGGAAUGUGAAGUGGCAGUGUGCAGGCAAGUUCAUUCUUUUAUUCUUUCCUCCUUUCUGUGUAACACACAUAGCCUACAGAGGGAGGUCUGCUAAGCCACAAGAUGGACAGAGUUGUCCCCCUUCAUGGAGAUGCUGCAUGUCAGUUAUACUCCCUUACUAGUUCACAGAUACCUGCUUGUAUGAAAUUUUCAAGACUGCUCAGGCUUUUCCCCUUUGUCUCUGGCAUGUCAGAAUGUCAGCUGCACCUUUGAAGUUAUUAGGAUGUGGUUUGUAGUAUACUGAAUGGUUUAUGAAUUUGGCAGCAUAAGAAUUUAUUUUAUGUAUUUUUUUUAUUUUUUAUUAUGAGCAUAUGGUGAACUGUCUAAAUUGUUACUUGCUAAAGGGACAGGAACAGUAAAAGAUCAUCCAGUGUACAAGACAUACCCAUGGAGAAAACAUUUUUGUUUUGUGAAUUGCUGUAUGGAACAGCAAUAUUAAUCUCCAAUGAGGUAAAUAUUCUAUUAGAUACACAUUUCACAAAGAAAAUUAACUAUAAUAUCAUUAACUCCACACUGUGAUAGUGUUGCAUUCAACAAAUUCAAGAAUGUACUACUUGAGAUUAUGGUAGCCAGACAUGGGUAACAUCAGCUCAUAAAUAUUAUAAUUAUUUUUUUUUGUUAAUUUAUGGCAAAGUCUUUACUAUGUGUUCCCAUGUUUGCAUGUUACCUUUAGCAGAUAUCAUCUGAAGUGAUAGUGUUACUCAGGUAAGAAAGCUUUAUGGUGAUGGAUUUUGUCCCCGCGGUUAGCCCUCUUUGAACUGCAAUUGCAUCUCGCUCUCUUUAGUGGGCUCAUACAACCCCUUAGGUUAAGGUUUAUGGGUAGCUUGUGCUUGAACCAAUAUUGGAAUGUGACUGAACAAUAACAAGGUGCAUCAGCAUUAAUAUAUGCUUAUGUGUAUUAAUGCACACAUGCUCUUCUUUUUUUUUUUUUUUUUUUUGCCUGUAGUAAGUUCAUCUCAGUGAGGCUUAUUCCUGCUUUGUUCCUUUACCCUUCUCCCAUGAAUUGAAUCCUCAACAGACAUAUGCUAGUGCUUGGACUUACAUGUAUUUGAGCCUUGGUUCCCCCUUCCUUUUUAUACUUUAUUAUAACUUAAUCUCAGUCUUUAGUUAUAUUCUGAUAAAGUAUGCAUCCUCAGAGUGAGCUAUAAGAUACUCUGGUGGCAGACAAUUUACAUUUAAUUUGUAUUUUUAAAGCAUGCAAACAAUGCAGGUUAGGAGUGCAUGAUUCAUUCCAUCAAAUGCUGUGAGGAAACCAAUGAUCCUUCCCUGCUCCUUCCUAAUAACACUAGCUAGUCUCAGAACUAUUUGCAUGUUGGAUACUAAACUUCAUUAAUCUGAAGAACAGUAUUCCAGUUCAAUAAACCAUUCCACAUGAAGAUGAUAUGCUGUAGUUCUUUCAGCAGUAUUUUUAUUCAUGAGCGCAGUAGGAAAUGCAAGAUUCACCUACAAUGUUACUUAGUUGUGUCAUCUCCACCAUUUCAGUAUACAUUGUUUUUGCAUCUUGUCAGGUAUGGAACACCUCAGAUAAAUUAUACAGCUAGUGAGUCAUUCAUAUGCUUGUUAUACAGGAUUACAGUUAGUGCAUUUUGAGUAAUAAUGAUGCCAUACAGACAGCUGUCAUUCUAUUUAUCAUAAAUAUUAUAACAUUUAGCCAACACAUUACUAACAAUAUAAGCUCAUAAAAAAAUAUACUCGACAGCUUAUAACAGUAGUGAACUCUUGUGAUAUAAUAUGUAAGUUAGAACAACAUUGUUCAUGGUUUUGGUGCCAAGGUAGACUAGGGCCCCAGCCUCUGCUUGGAUGCCCUUAGCUAAUAGUUAUUGCCAGCAGCUCUAUUGAAGCAAGUUGGAAGGUUACAAGCACAAUGCCUCUGUGAUAUGUGAUAUCUCACAAAGACUAGAGCAUUUUAUGAAGUAUUUUCCAUUGCAUUAUUUAUUGAUAGUGUGAAGAUGUGUCAGGAUAAAUGUUAAUCCACCUGUAUUGAAAAAAAAAAAAUGUAAAAUUCAUUCUCUAAGAUAUUCUUACUUAUGACUCAUAUUAGAGAGCCCUUGUUAGUAAACCCAGUGUCUUGGUUGUAAUUUUAUCAUGUUGAUUCAGUCAACUGAAAAUCAAAAGCUGGAAUUCAUCUUUUAAAGAUAUAAGAAAUUUUGUUUGUAUGAAAGUCUGUCAACCAGUUUGAUUACAGUAAUCAUAAAAAUGUCCUGAUGAGCAGGGCACGUUUCUGAUUCCAGUAUUCAACUAAGGCAUAUCUUUCCUGAGUAUUAAAGGGAGGCCUUGGUGGUGAAGACAGUAGAGCAGUAAUCUGGUUGUGUUACAGCAAUAACUCACACACCAUCCUCUGUUUCUGGAUAGCCUUCAAGAAAACUCUGUGACUACAUAUUAAUUGUACAAAACCUCACAGAAUAUGUUUGGGCUCUUCCAUCCUUCCAGUGCCAACAUACAUUAAACUUAACAUUUCCUGAAAUGUUUGCCAUGUGUUGUGAGGGAGUUGAUUGCAGGUUGUGACAGCUGCUGAGUCUGGGGAAAGGUUGGUAUUCUGGGGCUUUGUCUCUAAUGAACUACAGGUUUGUUAAGCAAUCAUUAGCCUAUAAAAUAAUGUGACUGAUGUUCAGGAUGCAACAUCUGUACUGCCAAAGUAUAGAUCUAUAAGCUUAAUGCAUUCAUUGGCAUUGUAUGUGUUGUGUCUGUUCAUCAUAGCAAAACUAAUCUCGUGCUACAUUUGCAAAAGUACACAUAUGUGAUGUUGCCUUAACAAUUUACAUUUGUCUCUAAGAGUUAGAUCUAUUUAUGAACUCAGUGUUGUUAUGAAAAAUUACAUAUAGUUUUAUCUUUGAAAUUUAAAACUAAGGACAGUAAGCACAAAUAUUUUAAGAAUGAAUGCAUGAUGGGCACAUUAUGCUAAACACUUCAAUUUUCUCAUUACAACUCCUUCAAAACAUCAGUUGUGGCUAAAGACAUAUAAGUCUACCUUUCCAGAUGAUGUUAAUGAUUCAUUGCCACAAAUUUCAUGCAGGUCUGUUUUCUCUGCUGCCACCGCACCUUUUGUGGCAAUGAUUUCUUAAUGUUUAUAAUACAUUAGUGCAAUAUAGUAUUUUAAAUGUA